AUGAAGGAAGAUGGUGCGAAGCCUAGCAGCGACAAGCUGCAAAACAUCAUGCAGCUCCGCGUGGCACGUGUCUCGUUGGAACGCAUCGACAUCGAGUCGGACUCAGCAUCAGCGGUGUCCAUGCACUCGGUGGGAUCUGGCUCGGGAAGCGAGUGUGCCCGGAAGAAGUUCUGGAGCCGGAAACGAAGUUGGGAGAGGAAUACUGCCGCUUCGGAUUCCGAGAAAGAUGAGAGCGCCCCAGACCGAAAAGUGUCGGCGGGGAAAGCGUCUCGAGGCCGGGGCCGGCCGCCAAGUACAGGCGAGUAUGUUGGCAAAGCCAAAGCACAAGCGGCGUUCAGAAAGGCCAAGUCCGAACUAGAACGGGAGGAGCUUCGGCUUGCAGCCGAGAAGGAGAUCGUGGACCUGACGGCUCAGGCGCGGUCAACCAGAACCAGCGCGGAAGUCAGGAUUGCCACUAAACAGGCGAUUGAGGAAAAUGAGACGAUAGACGGCCUGCUGAAACGUGUGCAGACCGGGAUCGAUCUCGUACAAAAGGUGGAGAAGAAGUCGGGCCGUCUCCAAGGUCCGAUGCAAGCUGCUCUAAAAGAGGCAGUAGUAAUGAUUAGGGCGGCUACUAACACCCUGGCCACCCGCACGGUAACGGAGGAGAUCCACGACCUUCAGGCCCAGAAUGAUGUCCUGAGGGCCGAAAUAGAUGAGAUGAGGAAGGAAAUGGCCGAGUUAAAGGCCCGACUCCGGGCGAAAGCCCCAACAAAUGUGACCUUGAAUGAGACGCCCCCCUGCAAUAUGGAAGAGUUGGCGUCCCAUAUUCUCAGCGUGACAACGGCGCGGAUCAACGCCCGAAUUGAAGGGCUCGAAUCGCGCCUGAACCCAGAGCCGAGGCUUCGCCCGGCCCUGGCAUUUGAAAGACGGCAAAAGGAGGCCCCUCUACAGCCUCCCCCUCAAAUUGUGACGUCACACACGCAACCGGAAACGCCAAGAGAAACGGAGAAAAGGCGCUCUCCUCCGGCUGCGCAAAACAUACCUGCCCCAAGGGCUAACGAGGCCCCGAAGGGCAAGACCAGGAAGAAGAAGGGGAAGAAAAACAAGAAGGCAGAAGUAGUCCCAGUAGAGACUGCUCCACCCGUUCCCCGCACGCUACCACCUGCGCCAGCCUCUAUGAGCGAGGGCUGGAGCACUGUCGUCAAGAAGGGAAAGACGAACGGAGAUAAGGGGAAAAAGGCGCCCUCUAAGGGCCCGAAAAGGACGGCUCAACCCGCCCAGAUCAAAACGCGCCCGCCCAGAUCAGCCGCUGUUGUGCUGUCUAUACAGCCUGGAGCGACCGAGAAGGGCGUUACGUACGAAAAGGCGAUUGGAGAAGCCAAGAGGCGUAUCGACAUCGGAGAGCUUGGCAUUGAAGCCGUGCGCUUCCGUAGGGCCAUCACCGGGGCCACAAUUAUCGAGGUUCCCGGGGCCACUAGUGAUGGUAAAGCAGACGCCCUGGCUGACAGACUUAAGGGCAUCUUUAAAGACGACGAGGUGCGGGUAUCUAGGCCCGUAAAGUGCUCGGAGAUCAGGGUAUCGGGCCUGGACGACUCAGUCACGGCGGAGGAAGUGGCAGCCGCUGUGGCAAAGCUGGGAGAUUGCUCAGUGGAUAAUGUGAAGGUCGGGACCCCUCGCCGCGAUCACACUGGGUUGUUGGCGGUGUACGUUCGGUGUCCCACGGCGGCUGCUAAGAGCGUGCUGGAGGGUCGUCUUCUUGUCGGCUGGGUUGCCGCCAGAGUAAGACUGUUACCGAAUAGGGAUCUGAGGUGUUUCCGAUGCCUCGAAGCGGGGCACGUCCAAGCAGUAUGCCCGGCACAGGUGGACCGCAGUCGGCAGUGCUUCAGGUGUGGCCAGCUAGGACACAUCGCAGCACAAUGUAGCAAUGACCCUCACUGCUCACUCUGCGCGACGACAGACAGACCGGCGGGGCAUCGAGUAGGCAGUAAAGCCUGCAAGGCUCCUGCCACUAAGAUUGGAAGGAGGGCAGCGGCAAGUGCUAGGAAGAGCCAGCCAAUGUCAUCCCAGCCCGCACCGGGGCACGAGGAAGUUCAGAUGACCGGCGAUUAG